AUGGCCUGCCGGCAUGACCGCCCUGCGACCGCGCCGCUGUACCGCCUCAUUUGCCUGCUGACCGUCCUCCUCCGCCUUACCUCGGCGUUGCAAUCAGUGCCUGGGUCGCCCUGCGAAACUGUCUGUUCCACCGCCGGCAGUCUCGAACAAAACGUCGUCUGCCUCGAUGCGGAUUACCAGUCUCUCGACCAAGGUCGGGCAUUUCAGAAAUGCGUAGCGUGUCAACUGAACAGCACAGAGGUGGAUACGAGGCAUAAUGAGACGGAUGUGGAAUGGGCACUGUUGGCGCUCCGCUACACGCUCGCAGGAUGCAUGUUUGCCAUUCCAGAACAGCACAUCUCCAUCAGCAGCCCGUGUCAAGUUAGCUGCGCCCCGUUGAAUGCUUCCAUCGGCUAUCAAGUCACAAACGACAGUUCAAGCACACCUGGCAACGACUUCUGCACGGUUGGUCAAUUCGACGACGGCGACAUCAACAAGUGCGCCCUCUGUUAUAGCUUCAUUCCGCAGCAGUUGUUUCUCGCCAAUUUUCUGCAAGCGCUACACAUCGCCUGCCGCCAGCAACCAACUCCCGGGAAAGCUUUCUUUCCCGAUGCAGACGCCAUCUUCAAUGAGACCCUCAUCGCUGGUCCCAGUGCACCAUCCAGCCACUCCGGGUCUGGCUCCGGUCUGCAUGGCUGGAAACUGGGGAUUGCCAUAGCACUGCCUAUUGUAGGUGGCAUACUACUAAUUGGAGGCUCAUGCUGGGGAUGCUUUGUGUUUACCCGCAAGCGUCGACAGAAGAUGGCCCAGUCCGGUCGGAUGAGCAAAGUCCAUGAUGCACAGGUCGGGGCAAUGUACAGCCCGAUGUCUGCCAAAGCCGAAGCUUGGGGUCAGACCGAACCGCCACGAGAAAUGCAUGCCAUCAGUCCAACUCUGUUACACGGCAAACAUCCAAGUCCGGGACUCGCGCAGGGCCGAUGGAGUCGUCACACUGAUGGCUCGGAUCAAGGUACUCCACUUCGAACCAGUUUUCAACGCGAGGAUGUUGGUCCGGGAACCGGCCAAGUUCGUGACCCGAAUCUGCACGAACAGUUCUUUGCGGUUGGUGACGAUGCAACCCACCUUCCUGGACCGAGUAGUCAGAACAAUUACUACGACGAAAAUCCUGGACAGUUUUAUGUACCUGAGGUGGACAGGGGAAGAUUCAUCUGA